AUGAAUUCAAAUUUAGAAUUGGUUCAAAUGUUGAAAGAUCUUCAAAUUUAUAAUUCAAUUGAAAACAAUUUCAAUCCUGAUCAUAGUUAAUUAGUAAUGAUAUACGAAAAAGUAAUUGUAUUUAAUCUAAUAAAAGUUUUGUGAUAUCAUAAAUUUUGAUGAUAAUUUUACCUUAGAAAAUUAAACACUAUAGCUGUUUUAUCGUUGCAAAUUGAUGUUUAAAACAGUUGGAGUUGUAGAUUUUUAGAUGGUGGAUUUAACAGAUCCUGAUUAAAAAAGACUAAAAAAUAAUCUCACUCAUUUAUGUAAAUAUUGCUUAUGGAAAAAAGAGCAAACAUAAAAAUGGGAAAAGAAAGACAGAGAGAUUGUAAUUAAAUAAUUUUAAUUAUAUAUUAGAUUUAACUUGAAGAUUUUGAUUUAUAAUAAGCUCGUAAAUAAAAAAGUGAAUUAGAAGAUUUAAUAUAAAUGAAAUAUAAGGAUAUGGAUUUGAAAAAAAAAAGAUUUGAGUAGUAUAAAUAAAUGAAACAUAAGGCUGAAUCAGAAUUAUUAGCUAAAAGAAACUAAAAUUUAAAAUUAUAAAAUUCUAUAUCAUAAAAUUAAAAUGAAUUGAAAGAUGCAGAUAAGAAGCAUAAGAAUUUGAUUGAGAAAUUGUAAGUGGCUUAAAAUGAAUUAUCUAUUUUGGAAGGGUAAAUUAUUUAAUAAUUUUAUAGUAUGAUAGUAAAAGAUCCAAAAAAUUUAGAGAAAAAAGUUAAUGAUAGUUAAAGAAGAGUUGAAAGUCUUCAAAUUGAGGUAGAUAAAGCUUAAAAAGAAUUAUAAAGUGAAAACUUUAAGAUUGGAAAAAUUUAUAAAUAAUUAUACUAUGAUUACGAUAACUUUUUGAGACUUUUUGAAUAAAUAAAGGAAGCAGAAAGUACUCUAAUUUAGGAAGAUAACAAUUUUGAAAAAUCUAAUGAUUAAAUAUUCACUGCAACAAACAAAAUUCUUUAGGAAAACAUGGUCUUGUAAAAAUUGUAGUAAAAUAAAGAAUUGUUGCAAUAAUAGAAAGUUGUUGAAUCUGAAAAAAACAAUUCAUCAAAUCAAUACAGUUUAUAAUCUCUUAUAGAUUUAUAGAAUAAAUUGCAAGAGUUAUAAGCAGAUGUAAAAAAAGAAUAAUAAGAAUAUUUGUAAAUACAACUUAAGAAAUAAGAGUAAUAGAAGAUUUUAUAAGAAAAUGAAGAAAUAAAAACAUCUAUUGAGGCUAAUUUAAAAUAAGUUGUCACUUAAUAAAAUAAAGAAAUUGAAUAAUAUACAAAAAACAUUGAAAUCCUAUUAAAUAAAAUAGAAUUUGAAUGA